CGUGGUCACUGUGCAUUCGAUUCUGUGAUUCAGUUGAGUUACCAUGGCGUCUCUAACCUCCAUUUCUUCGAUGAUGAAAUUCACAGUUCAUCAAAACCUUCAUCACCCUCACCGUCUUCAUCAUCUGAAUUUGGCAGUCACCAAUUUCACAAAGAGAACCUCAAGCACCAUCAGAUUCGCUUCUUCAACCAAUCAGAACCAGUCUUCUUCUUCUUCUCCUUCUCCGGGAUUGUACUCCGCCGCGAAAUUCGACCUCACCGCUCCCAACGUCGACCUCGUCCUCGAAGAUGUCCGGCCAUAUCUCAUCUCCGACGGCGGCAACGUCGAAGUCGUUUCCGUCGAGAACGGCGUCAUUUCUCUCAAGCUCCAAGGAGCAUGCGAAAGCUGCCCUAGCUCAACCACAACCAUGAAAUUGGGGAUCGAGCGCGUUCUCAAGGAGAAAUUCGGAGAUGCGGUUAAAGAUAUAGUGCAAGUCUAUGAUGAAGAACCAAAAGAAACCACUGUUGAGGCUGUGAAUAAUCAUCUUGAGAUAUUGAGACCUGCUAUCAAGAAUUUUGGAGGGAGUGUGCAGGUGUUGUCUGUUGAAGGCAGUGACUGUCAUGUGGAUUAUGUUGGACCUGACUCCAUUGGAUCAGGAAUCAAAGCUGCUAUCAAGGAGAAGUUUCCAGAUAUUCUCAAUGUUACCUUCACCACCAGUGUAUGAAUUUUUCUGCACAGUUGAGUUGAGGCAGGUAAAUAGUGGAAGAACAAGAUUGAUUAAGAUGUGUGUGAAUGCAUAUGCUUAUAGAUGGGUGCUUUGCUUUGCAAUUGUUCUGUUGCUAUACUAUAGUUUCUCAUUAUGAUCACUACACUUGCUAAUUUGUGAUUAGUCAUACAUUACAGGGACUAACAUUGGGGACUAAACCGAGUAUUUCUUUCUUUUAAUGACGAACUCGUCAGCGACUCAUACUGUCAAAGACCAAUAUGAUCAUUCACUCAUUUUGCAAUUAUAUCGAUACUUCUCUCA